AUGCAUCGCCAGCCUUUUCCUACUUUUGAGGAAGCCCGUUCCAUGCUGAUCUUAGAAGAAGAUCGUCUUGGCAAAGGUAAGAAGACACUGUCCACAAAUGACGCGUCAUCUUCCUCUGCCAAGGUGCUCGUUGCCACAGUCUCAAACUCCGAUUCCAAAAGCAGACACCAACAACAACAACCAGCACGCUUCAACCAAAACAGAGGAAACAUAGGAAGAGGUAACAAUCGGGGCAGAGGCAGACACAACUACAAUCAAAACCGACCACAGUUCAAUCAAUGGAACACGCCGUACUGGCAAGCCGGUUACCCUAUGUGGCCUCCUCAACAAUUCAAUCCAUGGACUCAACUACCUAACAUGCCUUUCCCUCAACAAGGUCUUCUCGGAGCUCGUCCUCAACAAAAUCAUGGAGCGUCUGGCAAUGCUGCGAACCAAAAACAUGAGCCGACAAUGGAUUUCGCUUCAGCAUUCAACACAUUGACACUCAUGGAUCCGUCAGAUAACCAGUGGUAUAUGGACUCAGGCACAACAACACAUAUCUCCAACACCACAGGAUCAAACGACCAGGAAGGCAAUUCUCCGCAGUGA